AGGCUCCGGGCAGGAUGGCGGCGGCGGGAACGCCGGGCGGCGAUUCCUUUCAGGAGAAGCUCACACGGGUUACUAUAUGGCUAAAGAAAUUGUAUGGGGGUGUCCCUUUUCCAGAAUAUGAGGUGAAUGAGAGGACAGUGGAUAUUUUGCAUGAAAUUAUGGAGAGCAAUGAAGAGAGAGACAAGGAUGUUAUGUUGCUGAUAGAGGACAUGAAGGACAGGACAAGCAAAUAUGAAGCAGAAGCUGACUACUGGCAGGAUAUUCUUGGAGAAAGCCUGGGUUUUUUGGAAGGCAGUAUGUCCAAAGAGGCCAACGAUGACCUCACUGACCUGGUACAAAGUGCAAUAGAACUCGAAGUGGAGGACACGUCUCUUACCAGCUUCUACAGUGCCAUCAAUGACAUGACCUUGGAAAUGUAUAAAACAAAAUCAAAAAAUGAAGAAAUGGAACAGAAAUUGAGGACCCUCAGGAAAAAACUAACUUCAGCACUGAUGGUGGAAAAGCAGUUAGAGAAGGAUAUUGAAAAACUGAAGAACUCACAGGAAGCACAACAGGCCAAAGCUGAGACUCAAUCCAAGAACAUGAAGUUCCUGGAAGAUAAAUCUAAGGAUCUGAAAAUAAGGAUCUGUGAUGCUGAGGCUAAGCUUGUUGCCAGUGGGUUGGACCAAUCCCUGACACAUGAGGCGCUGGUGAAAUCAUCUGAGGAACUGGUUGCACUGCGUGAAGAAAUCAAGCCGUUGAAGAAGGAACUGGCAUCCUAUCUUGAUUUACCUCCUAGCAUUCCCCUGGCGCAAGUGAAGGUUGAAGAAGUGAAAAAAGAACUUAAAGCCUUGGAUGAAGAGCUCACAAGGGAGAUUGAGGCUCUGCCUUUCGAGCUGACAUAGCCCAGCAAACCCCAGCUCACCUGAAGGGGCCUACCUGGAACAUGAUCUUCCUUCUGUUGCCUACCUACUUGCACUAGCAAUGCACUUCAGAACUCUUACCUGUACCUUGACAGCUUCCUGCUGUGUUCUUCUCUCUGUCAGCCUUGUGUUUAUAAACUUCGCCUCUUUUUCAUUAAAUAGCA